AUGGCAGAUUCUAAGUGUUGGCUUCCUCAUCCAAAUCUUUAUGAGCAUAAUGUGAUUACGUACACGAAUGCCGUCAUAAGCAAGCCACUCGCAUCCCCCAAAUGGCUUACCUCGUUGCCUUUGCUUUUGGAAGCGAAUUCGGGCACCUUAGAGCGAGGAAUAUGGCAGGGGGCCAAUCCUGCGGCUCACACCACGGCACAUGCGUUAUCGUGCGUUUUCUGGGUGGUAUAUCCACCGCUGGUGAAUCAGUCACAAAUCGGAGUUCUUGCGAAUAUGUGGGAGUCAGAUGAGCAAAAGUACGCUGUUACAUCCCUUGUCCUAUCCUCUGUUGGUGGGAAGGUUACCCUCAAGCUUCCGUGGUUCUUUUUGGUUCAGUUAAUUGAAGACAGGGCAAUCCAGCUCAUCCACUUCUUCUGCAUGCCAGAGGCUCGAGUUACAAUCCUACUUGAUAACGCAGCUCAGUAUCGCGACGCCCUGACCUUCACAUUCCUCCAAUUAUUCCAGUCGGUAUACGAACAAUAG